CUUUUGCAUUUGCUUUGGCAAGAGUAGUAGUGUGAAAAAUGCAUCGCUUCGUCCUGUCAGCUGGACUGGCGGGGGUCGUCCAUGCCCGCAUCGAGUGGAUGACCAAGUACAACUUGUCCCCUGACACGACUCCCCGGGACCUGCUGCCGGCGUCGUCGGAAGACACAACUCCUUCCCUUGUGCGCGAAGACACGUACGAAGUGUGCAAGUGGCGGGCUAGUGGCGACACCAACCAGUUCAAGUACGACUUGACGGUCGAAACGUCGCUGGCACCGGCGGACCCGAUGCAGCCGACGGGGGAUAAGUUCGUUGAAACGGCGGACAAGUGUUUUCCCAACUUUUUUGCCGACAAGGCGAGUGUGUAUUAUCCGUACCCGCGCAGCAGUUUCAACUACGACCUCAAUACCCCGUGGACCCCGUCGGCGGCCGACAAGCCCCGCGUGGAUGUGGACGUCUCGUACGAUGUAGGAGACACCAACACGUUUGUCAAGGUCUCGCCCGACCCCGUCGAUUACAAGACAUUUGAAACGGACGGCCCGUCGAUCCUGUACAAGGCCAUUCCAAACAAGCGCGGCACGUACAACAUCGUCGUCAACGCGUUCGACUUUGGUGCAAAAGUGUCGAAAGAGUGUGCAACGUGCGUGGCUGUGAACGAUUUGUAUCGCCCCAAGGGGGAUAAGGCCAAAUGCCCCGUGAAAACGGCCCCUGUAGACAACGACACGAGCCAAGUGUUCAGCAAGGACACGGUGAACGCGUAUAACGAAGCUGUGGACAAGCUGCUACUGUACCAGUCCAGCGCGACCAACAACGGAUGCAGCGACCUCCGCUGCGAUACGGUGUACUUGACCGAGAAAACCGGGACCACUGACGGAACUCCAUCCAAAGUGGAGGACAAAUCGUUCGACGCUGUCGCCACCGUGAACGCCGCCAAGACCGCCCUUCAAGCCCAGUGGAAAUCGUGCAUGUCCAAGCCCUUCUCGGACGCCGAGUGGACUGCGCUCAAGAUAAACCCCCUGGGGGGCGAUGCUACCAAGCCCGCGUUCCAGACAUGCCAACGCUCGUGUGCACUAGGGGCAGAGCUCAAGGAGUGGUUCACAGAAUACACGUGCGACGCGCCGCCACCAACGCCCCUCGCGGCCAGUCGCAAAACCUGUGUGGGGGACGCUACGGAAAAGUGCGAGUAUGACCAGACCCUCACGUUCCCGUCGGGGGACUCGCUGGUCAAAAGUGUCAGCGUCAAGCUCAAGGUGGGCCCAGACUCCAAGUCGUCGUUUGGGGGACUGAUUCAAGACCCUGCGACAGUGUUGAGUGCCCCGUACAAGUCGCCGUACGAGAGCACCUACAACGAGCUGCAUUUCGACUCGCAGUGCGUGCUCCCUGUCAACCCCACGGCCGACCAGACGGCCAAAUACAAUGCGUUCUGCAACUUUAACGUCAAGUUGGUGGACCUGUUUACGUUCUCCGCCACGAUCGCGGACGACGAAGCGGUCGCGGGGCUCUUUACGCUGCCGCCGACUACUCCCCCCACAUCCCCCCCUGCCAAGCGAAACGUCGACGAGAUUGUGUAUUGGACCGUCAAGACUGGGGAAGAUGGCACCCCCCAGCUUGUAGCUCCCGACACAGUCCUCAUCUUAACGCAGUUCCAGACAAAAUGGACAUUUGAAGCGUUCACGGCUUGUGGCAAGGUCCAGGCGGCCGUGACGUGGACGGCGUACGUGCAUCGCCAAGAACAGCUCUAUGUAACGGAUUGGCUCAACAGCCUCUUUGCAAGUCGCGAUAAGGGGUGCAACGUGCAAGAUGCCGAUUUUGGAGUUGUUCAGUUUAGCUACGACCCAACGAAAACCCCUUUCAAAGUGAACGAGAAUCCGCCGACGCCCGCCGUGAUGUAUUUGGACUUUGACCAAGAAGGGACAACCAUCACCACCCCCCUCUCCGAUGGACUGAAAGACUAUACCCCCCACGGUCAAGACCAAACCACCGAAGUCCUCGGCGAGAAUCCGUUUAUUGAAGCCAGUGAAGUGGCUGCUGGCAGCCCACCGGUAGACCAGGAUAACGUCAGCAGCCCCGUCGUCGUCGUCGGCGACCAGCCCACCAUGUUGUUGUCCAGCACUACCGACGUCGAAGUGCUGAUCAAGUGGAAGCUGCUUGGGUUGACCUGCUCGUGGCAAUACACGGACACGACGGGGGCGUCGGAUCCGUGGAUCAGCACCGCCACCUCCACAGUGGCGCAAGAAGCAACGUCGACAGACUUUGCCAUCCAGCUGGAAAACAUCGACAUCACCCGGUUCAAAGCGCUUUGCGAGCUCAAGUUUCAGUCGGUCGCGUCGACGCUGACGAAUACGCUGUCGCCCGUCGCCACCGACGAGCUCAAGGUCCAAAACUGCGACGUCCCGCGCUUCAACGUGGGCCAACCGUCCGACCAGGGCCGGUUCAUCAAGGACACAUGCGACAAAACCACCUGGAAAUCCGCCACGUGGCAGCCGGCGCCUUUCCAAGCAUGUGGCGGGUCGCUCGUGUUUGCAGACGACUCGGCCAAGAAGACGGUUCUGUCGACCCCCCCGAUUGACUUGACUUGCUGCAACGCGGCGUCGCUGGAGCCCCAGUUCACAUGCGGAGCCGUGGAUGGCACGCACACCAAGUGGUGCAAUGCAGUUGUGGCGACACUGUACAUUCAAGUCGAGUACGGCUCGCAGCCCGACCAACCGCCGCAAAACGUGGGAUAUGGUAAAACGGCUGUGCGGGUAGGGCUACAAGGCCAAGUGUCAGCUUUUACGAUCGCCAAGGGGUACGAGUUGGUGGGGAUUGACAAGGACGGCAAGACCAGCACGUGGAUCGGAGACGUCAAGAGUUUGCUUCAGAACGACUGGGACGACCGCAUCGUCGCUGUGGUGCUCCAGAAGACGUCGCCUACGAAUGCUGUGCAGCUGUUUCAGCAGCCCAACUACGACUACCCCGGGCCGGUGUACGGGGCGACCGCUGGCGCGCAGUUGGUGGAUGCGGCCGUGUUUCUCGACGGGUUUGUGGGCUCAUUUCACCUACAGCAGGGGUUUCAACUGGAGAUUGUUGACACCAACGGCGGGUAUGCCAAGUUCACGGCCGACAACCCGACCCUGAACACGAACGUCAAGUCGUUCACGGUGAGCAAAGCAACCCCCCCAACAGCUUCGCUGGAAUACCUGGGCAAGGGCAAGUCGUCGGUGGCGCUGGGAACGGUCACGAUGAUGACGGUGGUGGUCGUGGUCGCGGUGGUCGUGAUGGGCAAGCGCCGCCAACAAGCGUCUACGGUGGACGUCGAGGAAGGCUAUGUUGCGCUGAUGCAUUAAGUGGGAGAGUGUGUUUAUAUCUGUACAUGUUUGCGUAUAUAUACAGUAGAUAUACUCGAGGGCGAGGAAUAAUCAUCUACUAGUAACAACUAACCAGAUUGAAUUCAUUGCAGUUAUUACUC